AUCAAUUCAAAUUAGUGAGCAGACUGGAUAGUCAAAUGGGUGGGAAUGAAACUCAAGACCUUCCGGUCAUCAACCUCUCCGACAAGAACAUGAAACCGGGAACAGAGCUCUGGAACUCGACGAGAAACAGCGUCCGUGAAGCCAUGGAACACCAUGGUUGGUUCGUGGCCGAGUACAACAGCUUUCCAGCAGAACUCCACAAGUCAGUUCUAGAGGCUUCCAAGGAACUACUUGAUCUUCCUCCCGAAGUUAAGGUAAAGAACGAGAACCACAAGGCUGGACACGGCUACAUAACCAUGAGCUCCGAUGAUCAGCCCGUUCAUGAAGGUCUUGGUAUCGACCAAGCCAACGAUAUCCAACAGUGCCGCCGAUUCUCCAGUCUCAUGUGGCCUGAUCAUCAUAACAAUGACCGUUUCUGUGAAACUGUUAACGCAUAUGCGAAAAUGCAAGCGGAGCUGGAGCAACUGGUGAUAAGGAUGCUCUUUGAAAGCUAUAACCUAGAGAGGUAUACAGAGAAACACAUAAGAGGAUCACGUUACCUUCUUAGGUUGCUGAAAUACAGAAGACUCCCUAAUGGAGAGCCCAACAGGAAGUUCAUUUCUCAUACGGACAAGAGCUUCAUCUCCAUUCUCCAUCAGAACCACAUCACUGGACUCAUGUUGAAAUCCGAGAAAGAGGACGUUUGGUAUCCUUUUAUCCCUUCACCAACCAAGUUUGCUGUUAUAGCAGGUGACGCCAUCAUGGCGUGGAGCAACGACAGAAUCAAAUCGUGUUACCACAAGGUGGAGAUGGAGAGCGUGGAAAUGAGGUAUUCAUUUGGUUUCUUCUCGUUCCAAGAAAACAUGAUAUCGACACCAGAGGAGAUGGUGGACAAGGACCAUCCUUUAGCAUACAAACCCUUUCACCAUGACGGACUUCUCGCUUUCUACGAAACAGUGGAGGUUCAUCUCAAGGCACACCGUACCAUGACCAAGGCCUAUUGUGGUAUCCAACAAGCGCAUGAACCAAACCACAAUCAUACACAAACCUGAUUAUUUCAACCAAAAUGUAUAUCGAUAUGUCUGCUUUAUUAUAUCUUUUGAAAUUAAGUGUGAUUUUUAACCUUUUUGGACUCUUUGGUCUUGAAAUCAAGAUGUCAAUGAUUUAAAACUACAGUGUGCAUAUAAACAUCCUUUUGCAAACAAUUAAAAUGGAAAUGCGCCUUAUCUAGACUAACAUGAGCUUUAACUUAUAGUGGUUAGUUUUAAAUCUUUUCUAUCUUUUUUUUAGUUCAGGCAUAACAGCUUCUUCGUCGGAAUCAGUCUCUCCUCCGCCACCUCCGCCGCAGCCGUCUUCCUCCAGCUCAGGCGAUUCAAGAGAGAAGACAGCCUCACGAUCGUCUGAUGCCAUCUCCCAGAAAAUCACAAACACUUAGCAGAGAAACAAAAGUGGAAGUUGGAAUCGAUGUAGGAGUUCAAAUCAAUAUAUACAAAAUAUCCACAUUUCUGGCCGAGAGUCGAAUUACGAGAUGAGAUUUUCAUUCUCAAGUUAGAGUUUGUAAUAGAGAUUAUUUCGCAAAAGACAGUCAAGAUCGACAAGGAGAUAAACAACAUAAAAAAUAUUUCUUUGAAACACAAGAUGAAAAUGUUUUCAUUCUCUGCAAGGUAAAAGCAAAAGUAUUUGUGAGAGCUAUGGUUUUGGGAGGUUCAAAGACAUUGACACCUCGAAGCCAUCACAGUAUAUAAUUUGCGCACCCAUUUGUUU